UGACCAAUCGUCCGAGUGUCGCGCAGGACCUCGGCCACGUCUGCUCUGCUGGAUGCACGAUUCUCGUAUUUGAUCUCGCCCAUCGCAAGUAGAAAGCGCACUCGUAGCAAGUGUUCCGCUCACGGCGAGCGUCGAACACCGACGCGUGCAGCACAGGACUCGGAGGUUAAAGUGAUAACUCGCUCGUAGGCAGAAGGAGCAAGCGAGAGAACGAGCGAGUGUCGGCCGGCCGAGUGCAAGUGCAAGUGCGAGUGCGCGUCGCGACAACAUGAAGCUCUCCUGGCUACUCCUGGCGACGCUGCUCGGCUGCUGCUGCUGCCUACUUCUGCCAGCCAACGCCAAGGCCGCCAAGCGCAGAUUCGACGGGGACUUUGAGUUUGCCGAGGAGGACGAAUUCAGAGCAACGAAAUCUGGCGAUAAGAAGAGGUGGAUACAUGAUCCCAAUAAUGAACUGUGUCGUCCAUUGAACUGCAAAAAGUCUGAAAUCUGUCUGCUAGAAGAUGCUUUCACUGCGGUUUGCGUUUCCAAGAAAGAGUUGCACAAAUCGAGAGCUUUCGUAGUUUCGAAGUCAAAAUCCGUUCAACAGCACAAAGCCCAAGCGGACGCUUCGGUGGAUUCCGAAGACGACGACGCAUUUUUCGACUCGGAGGACGACGAUGAAGAUCUGGACGAAUCCAAGUGCCAAGAGUGUCCCGUAGUGAAACCGAUAUUCCUGUGCGGAAGCGACAACCGUACCUACAGCUCGCCCUGUCGCCUGGAAUACCACAACUGCAUUCAUCACACCUCCGUUCUCAUGAACUGCUCCGGUUUCUGCCCCUGCAAGCAUUCGGAUUCUCGCGCCCAUUCGAAGAAGCAGCGACAGAAGUCUGGGCAGGCCAAAGGCAAGAACAACCACGACAUCACUCUGACUCCGCGAGACUUCAAUUAUGACAAUCACCACUAUCAGUACCUCAAGUACUCGAAGCGGGCCAAGAACCAGAACGGCCUAAAGUUGGACGACAAGCAGCUGAUGAGCAACGAGGUGACGGACAAGAAAUCGACGCAGCCGCGAAGCAGCGGCACCGACUGCCCAGCCUCGUCGCGGCCGGCGAUGGCCAAUCGGCUGCUGGAUUGGUUCUCCGUGGUCAUGGCCGACUCGAAACACCGGCGCCAGCACAGCAAGCCCAGAGCAGGUCACUUCCCGAUUGGCUGCCAGAGCGAGGUGAGGUGGAUGUUCGGCCAUCUGGAUACCGACGGCGACGGCAAGAUAUCACUGCUGGAGCUCUACGGACUGGAACACGACCAGAACGAGCCGUGCCUGAAGCCCUUCCUCGAUGCCUGCGACGUUGACGGUGACAUAUUUGUGAGCGGGCCCGAGUGGUGCGGCUGCUUCUCGAAGGCCGAGAGGCCGUGCGCGGCGGUGCGCCGACGCUCCUCGGUCGAGGUGGCACCCAGCUGCGACUCCCGGGGCUACUACCAGAGCACCCAGUGUCACCGGGGCCUCAACCUCUGCUGGUGCGUCGAUCAGCACGGCAUCGAGUUCGCCGGAACUCGUGUCAGGGGCUCCAAGCCCGACUGCGAUUCAAUCGUGAAUAAGAUAAGUAGUGGCGGCCUAAACACAAAUAGUGUCGACUUAGAAGACGACGAAGAUUCGGCAGGAGACUUCGAGGGUUCCGCAGAUCUUCCCCUAGAUUUUUAGAGAGAAAAUAGCCGUAACAAUAAUUGUAAGCUGUAAAAGAAGGGAAAACAGAAUGACGUAGGUUAAGGCGCGACGUGUUUGUUUGUGGUAAAUGCAAAUUGUGCUGACCUAGCAGUCUCUCUGGCACUAAUUGAAUAGCCAGUAUAAGUGCGCGCGCGCGCGCGCACAAGAGUUAGCUCAUGCGAGCUCCUACUCCUACGUAGCUAGCUGCUACUUGCACAUCUGUAGACCCGAGCUAAUUUUCUCGCUAAUUUAACGAUAUUCUAUAUAAAUAGCCAGACAUUUAAUGCCUUUGUCCCGUCUUUUCCGUCGCUAGCUAAUAUAUGUUUUUGUGACUGGAGGUACCUCGAGGCGCAAUUACUUUCUAUAUACUCAUCACAUAAUCUGGCUCGACCUACAUUUUUUCAAUCGGAUAUUUAUUAUUGACUAUUCUAUUUUUCAUUUCAUUUCAACCGACUAUCGCAAUAAUUAUUUAUGCUUUAUAUAUUUUUCCAACUGUAUUUCUGAGAAUUCAUUGAUGUUUUAUUCAUUUGUUUUAUUAAAGUAUUUAUUCCGUCUAUGGCAUAUCACAAUUUAUUUUUACUUUUUCACGAGUUUUAUUUCAAUUACUUUUAUACGAUCUAGCUGUUCUUAUCGAACGACUAUGCGCGGUGCAAUAAUAAUCCAUACGAACAUUUACAUGGCAAAAACGGAAACGUACUUACAGAAAGCUCUGCUGUCAAUGUUUGCUCGGCAGCAACAAUAUUCAAACUAAUAAUCUUUAUAUACAUACCAGCAAAUAAUGUUUUUAUAUCAUCUUGUUAACCGAUAUAAUAGCAUGUAAAGAUCGAAUGAUGCAUCCUCGAUAUUUAGAAAGUGCUUUUCUAUAUUUUCGUCCUCAAUAAACAUAAUGUUAUUGAUUUAAGAUUGUUUAUAACAUUAAUUUAAUUGAAUAAUAAGUAUGAUAUUUUUUAUUAGUUACGCCAAAAUAAAAAACGUCCACAUCGAUUUAUUGAUUGUAGAUCACGCAAUAUUAUCGAUUGCAUAGAGUACAUGUUAUUACAGCAAUAAUAUUUAGCUUAAUAUUUGUUUUCGAAAAUACGUUUGUAAAAAUUAUUUAAUAAAAAACAAUUAAUGUUUAUUUGGAUUUUUCAAGAAUCGAAAUACUUUUAACGAAUAUCAAGACUUCAAAUGAAAAGUCAAUUAAUUUAUAAACUAUUUAAUGACGAAUCAACUAUACUUGAAGUUAUGAUGUAUUUUUAUUUUUGUUAAAUUGUUGAAUUAUUUUGAGUUGUCAAAUUAGUUGGUAAAUUUGAAAAACAUUUUCGGAUGUUAUACGUAUAUUUGUAAGUUUCUGAAUAAUUUGAUAAAGCCUAAUAGCAAUAUUUGUAUACAUGAAACUUUUAGAAAUGAAACGUUUGUUAUAAAAAGAAUACCAUCCAUGGUACCUCCAUGCACAAUGCUGUCUUUGGAUGAUUUAGAUAACUUCCGCGUACACAGCAAUUUGUCGUAAAAAGAAGAAUAAACCAAACAAAAGACAAAAGAAACUAAAAAAUCAGGCAAGGAAAGAUUUAGAAUAUGGAGUAAGUGUGACAAAAAAUCGAAAUUAAACUGAAAACUAUUGGCUGAUCAUUUGUGGCAAGCAUAAACUAAGAAAAAAUAACGUCAAUAUAAAUUCACGUACGAUGAAUAGUUUAAUAAGUCAGAAUUAUUAUCAAACGUGAAAGAUCAUUCUGAAUGAUAAUGAAAUAAAAACGAGUCAUUCCAAACGUUCUUUGAUCUUACAACUCAUUGAUUACGAUGUCGACCACGAAGUCAAAACUGGCCGAGAAAGAGGAAAGAUCCAUCGAUUGUUUGAAGCAUCAUAUAGUUUCAAUUGCAACAUUAACGAUGCUGCUAUUUGAUCAUUUUUUGAGAUUAAAAUCUUAAAUAAUCGCUUUUUUAUUCGAUCAUUUGCAAUCAUGAAAUUUUUCCAUGACAAUGUAUUUAUGAUAUUUUUUUAACAACGUGACCUUUCUUCUCAAUGUCAGUCUUGACUUGAAUUUAGUGUAAGAUAUACAUAUUAUGCCGUAAAAAACAAACUAUUUCAUACUCGCUAAUUGUCGAUUGUAGUUACAAUUAUGACGAUAAAAAAACAGCUUUCGUAUAUUUACAUAAAAUUUACAUUAUAAAUCAACCAAAAAAAUAAUAAAAAUAACUUGUUCGAAAUUAGAGAUGAAAUUUAUGUGUCUGGGACCGACCGCUGUUUUCGUGCUCUUCUUCAGAGCGAUUUGACUCCAUCCUCAUCAAAAUAUUCUAUGAUUAACGAUAGUACAUACAUACAUUGCGUCAGCAUUAAAGAAUGUCCGCAUUUUUUUGAGACAAGAUUUUACACAAAAAUUAUUGUAUUUAACAUCGAACGAGCUUCAUGAUUAAAUAAAAAAUACGGAUAAAAUACUGAAAAAAUAUUUACAAGACGAAGUAAAUAUGCGAUGAAAGACAAGCACAUGGAAGAGUAAUAUUGCGAUGUCGUGGUUCGUCUGCAUUCGUUAUAACAAUAAACAUUUUUACUCGACUCUUUUACCUAAGGUGAAACGUGGUAAAAUAUGAAAAAAAAAAUUAUUGAAAAAAACGUAGCGAUUAUAUAGAGUACAUACACACUAUGUAUAAUCUGUAGAUGAUAUCAAUGUGAUUAUGUGAAUAGUUACCCUCCAAGCUUCUUUAAAAAUAAAUAUAAAAAACAAAUAAUAGAAAACUCGUGUAGCCAAACACCAAUUAGAUCAAUAUAAGUCAUAAUAUUUCAAUUACUGUACUUGCGACUGUGCAAGUUUUUGCUUGAUAUAUGGAGCGCAAAAAUUUCAUACCAAUAAAGAAAUUAUAACAGUUAUUUCAUUAUUGCUGUAAUAUACACAGCUAAUUUUAUAAGAUAACGUUAUUACUAACUACUAACAUUCCGGUAUAUCUACUUAUUCUUACAGUAAAUACACUCAUCAUAAUGGAAAAUAUUCCUCCAACUUUCUUUUACAUAUUUCAAUUUAUAUAUUUUUCUGUACAGUAUGAUAAUACUCGAUUAGUUUGUCACAAAAUACAUACAUGUAACAUGUUGCCUAAAAUAUAUCGUACUUUUGAAUUGUCUGUUUAGUUUUACUUUCAUAAAGAAUAUUUUAUUGCGGAAUCUUAAAUUAUAACAGUUUUAUCAAAUUAACGAAAAUCGAUAUUUUAGUUGUUUAACUUGAAUGUUUUUAAAAUAAAAUAUUUAUUUUAAUAUAGAUAAGGAUUUUUUAUGCACAAAAAUUAUUUAUUACGUUAUAAUAUUCGUGAUAUAUUAUGUACAAGCUUUCGAAUUUUAAAUUGUAACUUGUUUUUAUAAGGUGCGCAAAAAAUUGACAUUUCAUUCCGGGCUAUCUCGCACGUCAAUUUAUUUAAGUAAUUAUGUAUGUUUCAAUGGCUGUAAGAAAUCUUGAUAAAUAAACAAAAUAAAUAUUGU